AUGAAAAAGAAACACAUUCCUUCAAGUGACUACACAGUGGUUUUGAUGCGCAUCACAACUUGGAAUAUAAACGGUUUACGUUCGUUGAAAGCACCACUAAAAACAGUGCUCGAUUCCCUUGAAAGUGACAUUAUUUGUGUGCAAGAAACAAAAGUAACACGCGAUGCUUUACCAGAAGAUUAUGCCAUUGUGGACGGAUAUCAUUCAUUUUACAGUUACUCAAGAUUGCGCACAGGUUACUCAGGUGUCGCCACAUUUUGUAAAUAUAAUUUUUCGCCAUCUCGAGCCGAAGAAGGACUCAGUGGCCGUUUUGUUCGUCAUUUAACAGAUAAAUUGGGUGGUGAUUACAGUAUACUCGACCAAUUAUUGAAUGAAGAAGAUCUUGUUACCCUUGACAAAGAAGGAAGAACAGUCGUAACAGAACAUCGAUUAACAGAUGGAACAAUUUUAGUGAUAUUCAAUGUUUAUUGUCCACGUGCAGAUCCAAAUUUACCUGAACGUUUAGAGUAUAAAUUGAAAUUUUUUAAAGCAUUGGAAGCAAGAGCCAGAUAUUUUUUGCAACAAGGCAGCCGAAUUAUUAUCGUCGGCGAUUUGAAUGUAUCACAUAAAUUGAUCGAUACCUGUGAUCCUGGGGAUUUGGAAGAUUUUGAAUUGAGUCCAUCUCGAAAAUGGUUAAAUGGUUUAUUAAAUGAUUCUCAAUUUACUGAUACAUUUCGACAUUUUUAUCCAACGGAAUUAAAUGCUUAUACAUGCUGGAGUACUGUAUCACGAUCUCGUGUUCAUAAUUAUGGCACGAGAAUUGACUAUAUAAUUGCUGAUUCUAAAACCGUUAAUGAAUCGUUAGCUAGUUGUUUACUAAGACCCGACAUUUUAAAUUCGGAUCAUUGUCCAGUUAUGGCUAAAUUUAAUUUAGAAUGUCUUCCUGUGUCAAAACCAUCUUCAUUUUGUACACGCUAUUGGCCAGAAUUUCAAGGAAAACAAAUUAAAUUAUCACAAUUUUUAACAAAAAAGAAACCAAAUAAUACUAGUAGUAAUAGUAAUAUAUUUGAAAAUACGUUAAUUCCGUUGAACAGUGAACCGGAUAUUGUGUUAGUAACAAAGGCUGUAUCACCAUGUACAACACAAGAAAAAUUAAAACGUAGUAAUGAUUUAGUCUCAUCAACAUUGACCAAACCUCCAAUGAAAAAAUCAAAAUCAAAUUCAACUUCAAAACAAUCGAAUUUAUUAACAUUUUUCAAGACUUCAAAACCAAUUGAACAACAGUCAGGAACUAGUGAAGAACAACAAGUGAUAAUCAUAACAUCUAUACCAUCGCCACUCUCAAUAUCAACGUUAACAGAAUCUGAUGAAUCGCAAUCAUCUCUUUCAAAUAAUGGUGAUUCACAAUCUUCAACACCUCCAUCAAAGUCACAACAACAAAAUUGGAAUCAUAUUUUUCGUCCACCUACUCCUGCACCAUUAUGUAAAGGACAUCAAGAACCAUGUGUAUUACGUACAGUUAAAAAAAAAGAAUCAUUAAACAAAGGUCGACAAUUUUAUGUUUGUCAACGAGCAGAAGGUGCAAAAGAUAAUCUAGAGGCAAGAUGUGAUCAUUUUGAAUGGAAAGAACAAAAAAUAAAAACAGGAAAAAAAUAA